AUGUUCCCAGCAGCAAUAUUGGAUCAAAAACUGUUCAAAAGCCUACAGAGGGAAACACACAUCACCAACGAACCUUCCUCUGAGACUCUCGUCAUAGAGGACCAGCCUUCAUGGCUUGAUGAUCUUCUUAAUGAGCCGGAGACGUACACCUGUCCGGAGAGGAGGAUGAGUACAGAUAUAAAAUGUGUUGCUAUACCUUCUUGGGGAUCUCAAGACUUUGAUUAUUAUAAAGAUGUUAGGCAAACUUCUCUCCAUGCUGAACUGAACAUGACAAAAAAGAAGAAUAGGGCUCGAGAUUCAUCUUUAAAUGCCCCCAAACUAUCCGUUGGCAUACAUAAAUUGAAAAGCCACAUGUCGAUUGGAAUUAAGCAACACUAUCAAAGCGGCCUUUCCUCUGCCAGGGAGAAUGCUGGUUUGCAGAGUUCAGGAUCAUCAUUUGUGAAGCGGGAAGCAGAUGGUGUUUCAGAGAGUGAAAAGCAAGAUCCACUCGAUGGUCCACAUAAUCCAAAAAUUUCAUCCGAGAAAAAAGAGAGUUCAAGUUCCAAGUGUUCUGCAUCAGAGACUGUUACAAAAGUGCUAAACGCAGAGACAUCUUUUGAGCAGAUUGUGGGACUGAUACUAGCCACACUUGAAAGUCAACAGGAAGCUUCAUAUACCCUUGUUUCAUCCUUGAAAGAUGCUGGGUUUACCAAGUACUCUGUUCUUGGUGUAAUUCUUCGUGCAACUGAAGCCUGUUAUGUCUUGGAUGGCCAUUCCCAAGACAUCUGCUCUAAUAAGAAACUUCUCCAACUAGUUUGUGACUUUGUCAAACUCUCCGAUAAAGCUGAGUGUCUAUUUGCCAGGGAGAAUGCUGAUUUGCAGAGUUCAGGAUCAUCAUUUGCCCCGCGGGAAGCAGAUGGUGUUUCAGAGAGUGAAAAGCAAGAUCCAUUUGAUGGUCCACAUGAUCCAAAAAUUUCAUCCGACAAAAAGGAGAGUUCAUAUUCCAAGUGUUCUGCAUCAGAGACUGAUACAAAACGUGCUAAACAAAAAGCUAUUUUGGGCCGGACGCGUUUCGGCACAUCUGUAAUUGCCUACACGAGCUUCAAAUUUAUACAAUUGCUUUUGCCUAAGAUUGGAAAAGGAUUGCUCGAUGCUCUCCUUAGUAUUAAUUGUAACACUAUUGAAUACAAUUCACCGUCCAAAUCCGAAUUGAACAGUACUUGUGAGCGAAGCUGA